AUGGCAAGCAUUUGCGAAGAUCCAGGAAAAAGCUCGUGGCCUGAGCUAUUGGAGACAAAAGGAGAAUAUGCAAAAGAAGUGAUCGAAAGAGAGAAUCCCAAAAUGACAGCUGAAAUCAUUUUGGAAGGAACUAUCGUUCUUGAGAUCUAUAUUUGCACUCGCGUUUACGUUUGGGUCAACGAUUGCGGAAUCGUUGUUCAAAUCCCCACAAUUGGUUAA